UGGCGGCACUCUAGUCACUACAGCUGCCUCAGUAGUUCAAGAAACUUGGCAUAGUCUUCGGCCACUGACUGGCCUUCACAAAACGACUCCAUCCGGUCCACUUCGGUUCUUCGAGGACAGAGCUACCUGCCCUCAACUAUAAUGGCGGCGCUGCCCAAUUUGGCUUCUUGCCCCUAGGGAAGAUGGCUGCCAGGUGGCUUCACUUAGUUUCUCACCACCCCGGAAGACGGGGACCGGCGAUUGGGCGGCGCCCGAAGGCUCCGAGAAGAAGGCCCUUGGCGGUUGGACAGUGCUGGGUAAGGCUGGUUUUAAAGGAGCCGGAGGUGGGAGCCGUCGAAGACCCGGGAUCCGCGGGAGGCGGCGGCUGCAGCCUGGGAUCCCCCAGGGACUCCCCGGAGCCGCCGCUUCCCCCAUGGACUUGCCCGGGGACUCCAGCCCACCUGGCCGGCCACGUCUGUGCCGCCAGCCCCUGGCUCGAGCAUUAUGGGGAGCCAGGAGCCCCAAACGGCCGAGGCUGCAGUCUCUGGCAGCCCCUUCGCCCUUGGAAAAGGCCUCUCGGCGGGUCCUGGCUGUAGUGCUGGAAGAUGUUAUGGCUGCCCGUAUGGUUCCCCUGGUGCCCCAAGAAGAGACCACCACCCCACAACACCGCAGCAACCGCCGAGAUUCUGUCCGAAACCAGCCGCCUGCCUCGCCAUCCCAACAGGCUACGUGGUCCUCACAGACCAGGCCUCCCGACCCACUGCACUUAUGCCGAGAGCCCUUGAGCCGCACCCACCAGCCCCCUUCUACCCUGAGACGGAGAUCAAGGACAACCCCUGGCCCAGAGGAAGGCCCUUCACAAAAGGUGGACUGGGCCCCCCAGCCUACUCUGGUGGUGAUGCUAGAAGACAUUGCCAGCUCAAGACCCGCAGCUGAGGGCUUUGCUGAUGAGACUCCCAACUUCAUCAUCCCAGCAAGAAGAGCCAAGCCCAUGACCGUGGUUCACCAGCCAAUGCCUCCGUCCAGGGACCUGGAUCCCCCAUUCCAGCCAUCUGCCUUGCCUGAAGACCCUCUGGAGAGCCCACCAGGAGCCCCAGAUCCUGUACUGGAGCCCCCAUCGAUCCCACCGCCGUCCAGCCUUUUACGCCCCCGCCUCAGUCCCUGGGGCUUGGCUCCCCUCUUCCGUUCCGUCCGCUCCAAGCUGGAGAGCUUUGCUGACAUCUUCCUCACACCCAACAAAGCCCCACGGCCCCCACCCCCAUCACCUCCCAUGAAGUUGGAGUUGAAGAUUGCCAUCUCAGAGGCUGAGCAGUCUGGGGCUACUGAGGACACUGCAUCUGUCAGUCCCCGGCCCCCUAUCCGCCAGUGGCGGGCCCAAGACCACAAUCCCCCAGCACCUCUUUCUAAGCCCUCUCUGGGCCGAAGCCACUCCUGCCCUGAUCUGGGGCCCCCUGGCCCAGAUACCUGCAGCUGGCCCCCUGCUCCACACCACCCGAGCCGGUCACGGCUCCGGCGGCACACUGUGGGUGGUGGAGAGAUGGCCCGAGCCCCACCACCCCCUCGGCCCUGUCUCCGGAAAGAGGUCUUCCCUCUUGGAGGAGCGGGAGGCUCUCCUCCCCUCAUCACAUCUUGUUCGUCCACCGCAUCUACUUCCUCCUUCUCUGAACCUGCAGAACCCAGGUUGGGCUCAACCAAGGGGAAGGAGCCAAGGGCCUCAGAGGACCAGGUGCUUUCAGACCCUGAGACCAAGACCAUGGGAAAGGUUUCUCGAUUCAGAAUACGCAGGACACCAGUCCGUCCUCAGCCAAACCUUACACCAAUGGGACUGCCUCGACCAAUCAGGUUGAACAAGAAGGAGUUCAGCUUAGAAGAAAUUUAUACCAACAAGAAUUAUCAGUCACCUACAACCAGGAGGACCUUUGAAACCAUCUUUGAGGAGCCCCGGGAGCGCAACGGGACUCUGAUUUUCACCAGCUCAAAGAAGCUUCGGCGGGCUGUAGAAUUUCGGGACAGCAGCCUUCCUCGAUCCCGGCGGCCAUCUCGUGGAGUCCGGGCUGCAGCUGGCAGGACCCUUACUUCCAACGUGGCCCCCAGCCCAGAUGUGGGACCUCUGCUGCAGCAGCGGCUGGAGGAGCUGGAUGCCUCGCUCCUGGAGGAGGAGGAAGUGGAUAGGGAGCAUCCCCAUCGGACCUAGGAGCUCCAUCUGUUUGUCCGUCCAUCCUGAAGCAUCUGAGGCAGUUAUAUUUUUUUCUUUAUAUUUCUAGUAAAGUUUUCAAUAUGUUUCUGA